AUGAUGCCUUAUCCUUCCAUGCUUCAAGAGAUCGUUUCCAAACAAUCUCUCGUGCGAGAGCAAGGCUUUAUCAGCGGUUCCUGGAGGACCAGUGAUAAGACAUUUCCUGUUUUCGACCCCGCAACUGACGGGAUAAUCGCGAAUGUUGCAAGCUUCGAUACGUCUGCCUUCAAAGAUGCCAUCAACUCCGCCAGCGAAUGCUUCAACAUAUUUCGCCACACAUCUGAGCAUGAGCGGUCAUGUCUUCUGCACAAGUUUGCAGCACUCAUACGCAUCAACGCAGAAGACUUGGCGGUCAUUUUGACCAUGGAAAAUGGCAAGACGCUCGCUGAAGCUCGGAGUGAAGUGGAAUAUGGCGCAAGCUUCAUCACCUGGUUUGCGGAGGAGGCUAUUCGCUCCUACGGAGAUAUUAUUCCAUCCCAGCACAAGGGAAGCACCAAUUUUGUAAUUCGCCAGCCAAUCGGCGUUUGUGCAAUUAUUGCACCGUGGAAUUUCCCGAUUGCGAUGAUCACCAGGAAACUAGGACCUGCUCUUGCUGCUGGGUGUACCGUCGUCAUCAAGCCCCCUAGCGAGACACCCCUCUGUACACUUGCUCUCGCGACUCUUGCGCAGGAAGCUGGGUUUCCACUAGACUCAGUACAAGUGGUUCCCACGCGCGACCGUGCCGCCGUGACUGAGCUCUAUACUAACCCAAUCAUAAAGAAAGUUAGCUUUACUGGCUCCACUAGUGUCGGAAAGAUGAUUUCGGAAAAGGCUGCCGGCACGAUGAAGAAGGUCUCAAUGGAGCUCGGUGGCAAUGCGCCAUAUAUCAUUUUCGAUGACGCUACUCUUGAAACUGCAAUCGAGGGCGUCGUUGCCUGCAAGUACCGGUGCUCUGGCCAGACAUGCGUCUGCGCCAACAGGCUUUAUGUUCAAAGCGGCAUCCAUGACCAGUUUGUUGCUGCUCUGACUGGACGUGUGAAGGCCUUCAAAGUUGGCCCCGGCCUCGAUCCUUCCACGACCCAUGGUCCGUUGGUAAAUGAGGCGGCUGUCGCGAAAUUCAAGUGCCACAUUGACGAUGCCAUGAGCAAAGGUGCCCAGCUGGUUAUUGGCGGUCAGGCUCGCGGCGACUUGGGCAAAUGCUACGUUGAGCCAGCAAUAUUAACCGGCUUGACCUCCCAGAUGCUGGUCUCACGUGACGAAACCUUUGGUCCGUUGGCGCCGAUCUUCCGCUUCGACACGAUAGAAGAGGUCAUUGACAUGGCGAACAACACAGAGUUUGGACUUGCUGGAUAUAUCUUUUCUAACUCUUUAAAGACCAUUUGGCGCGUCACUGGGGCAUUGGAAGUCGGCAUGGUUGGUGUCAACACCGGGAAAAUCAGCGCAGCUGAGGCGCCAUUUGGUGGAGUCAAGGAAUCCGGGUUGGGAAAAGAAGGGAGCAAGUAUGGGUUGUCGGAGUUUCAAGUGUUGAAAAACAUUACCAUAAACGUGUAA